AUGCUGCUGCACGGCAAGGGGGGCAAGGGAGCGUGGUGGGGCCAGUGGGGGGCGGUGGAGGUGGAGGUGGAGGCGGCGGAGGGAGUGGGGGUGGCGGUGGAGGUGGUAGCGGGGGGUGGGGGUGCUAGUGGCGGCAGUGGAGGCGGGGGUGGCGGCGGCGGUGGCGGUGGUAGCGGAGGUGGCGGAGGUGGCGGCGGUGGAGGCGGAGGCGGGGGCGGUGGAGUGGAGGCGGGGGUCGCUAAGGUGUAUCCCAGGUAG